AUGCAUGAUUUUUGCUUCACUAUACCUUACGGAAUGAUUCUGAUCGUCGGAGGAUUUAUAGGGUUUUUGAAGAAAGGAAGUAUUACUUCUCUCGCUGGAGGUGCAGGUACUGGAUUGCUUGUUGUUCUCGCUGGUUUUAUCAGCCUUAAAGCUUUCGAGAAGAAGAAGAAUUCAUCUCUCGCUCUUGUUCUUCAGACAGUCAUUGCAGCUGCUCUAACACUUGUCAUGGGACAACGGUUCUUGUUGACUCAAAAGAUUAUGCCGGCUGGUUUGGUUGCUGGAAUUAGUGCCCUCAUGACAUGUUUCUAUGUGUACAAGAUCGCGACUGGCGGAAACCACAUACCACCACCUAAAGCUGAAUGA